AUGACAACCGGAGAUGUCGGUAUCCUAAAAUCAACUCUUCUCCCUUCAUUCGGGCUAUACUCCGGCUUGUCAAUCACAGCAUAUGCCGUCGCACGAUCAACCGACCGUCUCGAGAUUAAAGACUGGCUCUGGCCAUCGGCGCAAGUCCUCAAUGCAUGGUUGACAGCUAUAGGGCGGCCGAUGUAUGAAACCGGGAUUACGUUCCCAGACGCCUGGAGGGGACUUACUUGGUCUGAAAAGCUGCUUCUUAGUGGCGUAACUGUUUGGGGGACUCGACUUUUCGCUCGCAUCGUGUGCCGGUCUUUGGCUCGUGGGAAGGAUGAUCCCCGGUAUGAGGCGCAGAAGAAAGAGAAGGGGUUCUGGAAAACGGCUCUUUUUAAGAUAUUCCUGCCUCAAGCUGCUUUCUUGAGUUUCAUCUCUUUGCCUCUCACGGUGCCCUUCGGUAUGGGUGAUACUACACUCUCGGUGAGCACGAAUACGCUUAGUACCGUUCGUGCAUUGGGCGUUGGACUAUUUAGUGCUGGCUUUGCCCUCGAAGUAAUGGCUGAUACACAGCUCGAACUUCAUCGGAAGGAGAGAGAAGAUCUGUGUCGACAUGGAGUCUGGAGUCUUGUGCGACACCCCAACUACCUUGGAGACACGCUCGUGCAUUUAUCAUUCCUCUUGAUGAACAUCACAGACUCCUUCAAUCCGAUUGUUUUGCUCGGUCCGCUGGCCAAUUAUCUCUACCUUCGCUUGGUGGGUGGUGACAGGAAGACCGAGGAGAGCCAGGAGAAGCGCUACCGAGAGCAGAAUUAUCACAAAUACGAGCAGCUGCGUAAUUGGCGAGGGCAGAAGAAUAGCUUCUGGCCGUCUUUGAAAGAUUUGACCAACCCUUGGGCGUUGGCAGUCGUUGGAUGUGGAUUGAUCGGUGUUGUUACCGAGGAAGUUGUGCGGAGUACUUUCACCAUGCGGUAA